AUGGCGUCGAUCACCGCCGAUCAGGGCACGGAGAUGCUUAGAGGCGGCGAUUUUGCCGAUUGCUCCAUCAUCUGCUCUGGCUACACGUUCUCUGUUCACAAGGCAAUCAUUGUGAAGAAGUCAAAGUUCUUCAAAACCUGUGUGAGCGGUAAAUUCAAGGAAUCUAAAUUAGGCAGUGUCGAGCUCGCAGAUGAGGCGCCGUAUGCUGUCGCCAUUAUGCUGGUCUACAUCUACUGCGGAAUGCCACAAAUGACCUGCGGCCACGCAAGAGAUACCAACCGAGAUGUCAAAGACGUCUGGCCAUCACUGGGCUGGUUGGCUGACGAGGCUGAGGAUUACGUUGAAUUCACGAUCCAGUGCACGGCUCGAGUGUAUAAAUCAGCCGACCGUCUCAUGAUCGAAGAUCUUCACAAGCACUGUCAAGAGCUGCUUCUGAGUCUCGGUGACCCUCUGGGCGUUGCUUGGUCUGUUCCAGAUGAGUCUGGGAACCCGGACCAGAGGUUCCACAUACACUACUCAAGCUCCUAA